CCUAAACCAUUUUACAGCCGCUAAGAGUCAGUGAGCAGUUUAGGGACUUUCAACACCGAAACAUACACAGCAUUGCAUAACUAACCCGUUUGAUUAUUUCAAACUCAAUUAGGAUUUAAUGUGCAUUGCUGUGGACGUCUGUGGGAACCCGACGUUUAUUAUCGUGUAAAUGCGUCUCAAUAAUAGAUCUGACACCAGAAGUGAGAAAGAUGCGAAAGGAUGUGAGGAUACUGCUGGUUGGAGAACCCAAAGUGGGGAAGACAUCCCUGAUCAUGUCACUGGUCAGUGAGGAGUUCCCAAAUGUGGUUCCUUACAGAGCAGAGGAAAUCACCAUACCAGCAGAUGUCACACCAGAGAGAGUACCCACACACAUAGUAGACUACUCCGAGGCUGAACAGACAGAUGAGCAACUCUAUCAAGAGAUAUCAAAGGCCAGUGUUAUAUGUAUAGUCUACUCUGUGAACGACAAGAAGUCUACUGAGAAGGUGACAAGUCAUUGGAUUCCCCUGAUAAAUGAGAGAAUAGAUAAAGACAGCAGAGUCCCUCUGAUCCUUGUGGGGAAUAAAUCCGAUCUGGUUGAGCACAGCAGUAUGGAGACUGUCCUUCCCAUCAUGAACAAAUACACAGAGAUAGAGACCUGUGUGGAGUGUUCAGCCAAGAAUCUGAAGAAUAUUUCUGAGUUGUUUUAUUAUGCACAGAAGGCUGUCCUUCACCCUACAGGGCCACUCUACUGUCCUGAGCAGAAAGAGAUGAGAUCUGCCUGUGUUCAGGCAUUGACACGGAUCUUCAAGGUGUCAGAUUUGGAUAACGAUGGCAUUCUGAAUGAUUAUGAGCUUACGCUUUUCCAGAGAACCUGUUUUAACACCCCACUAGCUCCUCAGGCCCUGGAGGAUGUAAAAAAUGUUGUUAGAAAAAACUUAACAGAUGGAGUGCGUGACAAUGGACUCACUCUGAAAGGUUUCCUCUUCUUGCAUUCUCUGUUCAUCCAAAGAGGGAGGCACGAGACAACCUGGGCCGUCUUGCGGAGGUUUGGCUAUGAUGAUGAUCUAGAGCUGCAUCAGGACUUACUGUUUUCCCAGUUAAAAAUACCCCCAGACUGCACCACUGAGCUCAAUCACAAUGCUUACCUGUUCCUACAGAGUGUCUUCGACAAACAUGAUAAGGACAGAGACUGUGCUUUGUCCCCUGAGGAGUUAAUGGAUCUGUUUGAUGUUUUCCCUUACAUCCCCUGGGGACUGGAUGUGAACAACACGGUCUGCACAAAUGACCAGGGCUGGAUCACCUACCAGGGCUAUCUCUCACAGUGGACGUUAACUACAUACCUGGAUGUACAGCGCUGUCUGGAAUAUCUUGGUUACCUUGGUUACUCUAUUAUUGCUGAGCAAGAAUCUGAGACAUCUGCCAUAACAUUGACCCGUGAUAAGAAGAUUGAUCUUCAGAAGAAGCAGACGCAGCGGAAUGUGUUUCGCUGUAAUGUGUUUGGAGGAAUGGGAAGUGGUAAAAGUGGCUUUCUGCAGGCUUUCCUUGGCAGAAACCUCAUGCGCCAAAGGACAAUAAGAGAAGAACAUAAAUCUUAUUAUGCAAUCAGCACUGCACAUGUGUACGGACAGGAGAAGUACUUACUGCUCCAUGAAGUCUUUGCAGAUUUUGACUUCCUGUCUGAGACCGAUCUUGCUUGUGACAUUGUGUGUCUGAUUUAUGAUGUCAGCAACCCGUGCUCUUUUGAAUCCUGUGCACGAAUAUUCAAGCAAUACUUCUUGGACAGUAAGACUCCAUGUAUGUUGAUUUCUGCGAAGUCAGACCUGCCAGAAACAAAGCAGCAAUACUGUAUGACACCACUGGAAUUCUGUCGCAAACACAAGAUGCCUCCGCCUCAGUCCUUUACCUGUAACACAGCUGCAGCUCCCAGCAAAGACAUCUUCAUCAAACUCACCACCAUGGCCAUGUACCCCCAUGCACGUCUGCGUUGCAUGUGUACCUGUAACAGGUGCACAUUCUGCCUCUGUCAGAACUUCCUCAACUCUGAGCUUGUGCAGACGGUUCGGACCAAAAUCUACACUGUCAUCUUCAGCAGGCAUAUUACACAUGCUGACCUGAAGAGCUCUACAUUUUGGCUCAGAGCGAGUAUUGGAGCCACAGUUUGUGCUGUGCUUGGCUUUGCCAUGUACAGGGCCCUCCUCAGAUCCCGAUGAGCAAACCCCUAAAACGUACUACUGCCCUAGCUGUCUCCCGUCUGCUGAGAGAACCAAAAGAAAGAGGGUGUCCCCCAAGUCUUGAGAUGGAAAACAAGACCCUUGUUAUAUGUGACCCUUGUUGUAUCCCCUGUUUAUGUGCUUUGAAUUUGAAAUGAUAUUUAAUAAUGAAACAAACAGAAAAACCGUAAAUAGAAUGUAAAUAAUGAGAG